GAUGAACAUCAUUCCAACCAUGACCGUCUCAUCUCCCUCGUAGCCAAGGGGGUGUUCUACGAAGGUUGUGUGGACUACUGCCAAGCGCAGGCCAUUGGUGACUUGAAAGGUAUCGAAAGCGGUCCACAUCCUACCGACAUUUUGGCAAAUCGGCCGCGACUGUCGUCAACCGAUCUGUCAUUGAUAUCAUGGCUCGAAAUGGUGGGCAGAGAACAGUUCGCCAUGCCCUUCCAGCAGAAACAGCUCGAUCUGAAAGUGGAACAUCUCAAAAAGCCGAAACUGGAAGCGCAGUGGACAGAAACGAUUCUGGCCACGCCGAUGAAACCUGGUGGUCACUUUCCUCAUUCGAUGGUCCCAAAUGCUAAGCUCAAAUUCGCAGAGAAGAUGAGCCAGUCGAUGGCGGUGAUUCCCUUGACCACGAGUAUGAGUACCAGUGCAUUUCCUUCCGCGGGUCGGUUGCAUCCGAUGUCACAGUCAACAGCAGCCGGGUUUUGCUUAGGAAUUGGUGAUGCUGGCAGCGAGGCAAUGGCGCAAAGUCAGAUGAUCGACAAUCUGAUCGAGUGUAGCGAACUGACCAAGAGCAGCCGCCCGGACUCGCUGUUCAGAAGUACGGUGGCACCAAACAUGAUGACAAACUCAAUAGCGCCUCAGGUAAUGGGACCAGCAAUGGUAAACAGCUACAUGAAUGGGAUGUAUGAUUUCACGCCCGUUCGACGACAACUGGACGAAAUGGCGCGACGGUAA